GGUUAGGGAUAGAGGUUUAGAUAACAGAGUGAUUGUAUGAAUUCAGGGCGCGAAGAAUCACAUGAAAAUGAAUAGGCUCAUAGUAGCCCACACCGUAGUCUAUGCUGAUUUCCGCAUUCGAGUUCAGAUUUCCUAUAGUAUCAGAUACUCAUGUUGGUAGAGACUUUUUGUUAGCUCUAAUAUGCAUAGAAUGAAAAGGAUAUAUAAGAAAUAAAAGAGAUAUAUAUUAAGAGCGACAGAGACAAGCAGUGCCACUGAUGUUAUGUGGCGAACGAAGAAAAAGUGAACUUCGUGGGACUCGAAUCCACACCCACACCCUAUCCGGACAGAUGUCCUAACCAGUUAGACUAGAAGAACAUCUCAAUCUUCGUUUAUCGUUAAUAAGUUACAUCAUUAACGCUAACACUUUUAAGUAAUAUUUUAUACACAGUGAAUUAAGUAUUCAGCCAUGCUUCCACAAACACGAACAAGAAACGUAACUUAUUUUCUAAUGAUAGACCAGUCGUUGUCAAUUACGUCGAAUCCAAAAACAAUCAUCCUUAAUAAUGACUAUUCAAGAAUAAAUCUUAGUGGAGGCAGUCGAGUACGAAAACAUUUAGCGUAACAAUCAUUAUUUUUCAACUUCAAAAGCUUUCUGACUCUACCCUAGGGAAAAUGUUUGAUGUUUCAGCGCCAGAUCUUUGAUAGAUACAGUCAGGAUCUUGCAAGGAUUCGCUAUUUUUUCCUGAGGAAACGACUAAAUCCUGAAAGAAGUGUGUAGACACGGAAAUUUAGGAUCCUGGCAGGAUUCGAAUGAAGAUUUUCAAGGAUCCUGACAAGUUCAUCAUUGUUUUUGAAUCAGGAUUCAACCAGGAAAUCGAUGAUUCCUGAAAGAAGUGUGUAGCCACGGAGUUUUAUGAUCCUAUCAGGAUUCAAAACAAGAUUUCCUAGGAUACUGACAGGAUUCGAAUGAAUACUUUCAAGGGUGCUGACAAGUUCAUCAUUGUUUUUUAAAUCAAUAUUGAGCCAGGAAAUCAAUGAUUCCUUAAAGUAAUGUGUAGCCACGAAAGUGUAGGAUCCUUUCAGGAUUUCAAUAAUUCAAAAUUGUAAAAAAGAAUUUCUGAUGGUAUCUUUCAGGAUUUGAUUGGGUGUUCUCGAAGAUAUUAUCAAAUUUCUUGACAAGAUCUUUGUAGGAUUUAACUAGAUUUCAUUGCGCAUGCUAUCAGUUUCUUGGUAGAAUCUUUGCAGGAUUUUCUAAAUAGAAUAUAAGAGAAAUGAACACAUAGAGUAUCGAUCUCUAGACUUUCAGUUUACAUACCGAUCAGCUUACCGAGCUGGAUGUGCCAUGUCAUUCUAUAUCACUUCAACGUUCAACAUAGUAAUUCUGACUAAUGCAAAUUUCUAUUGGAAUUUUAUAUAGAUAGAAAUUACUUCAAAAAAUUCUGAAAAUACAAUAUCAUUUUACACAUUUCUUUUAGUCGGUGAAAUUUACUACUUUUUUAAAUUUCAAUUCUAUUUAAAAAUAUACUCAGAAUUUUUAUUUUGGUUAUGUUUAAAAAUAUACCAGGAGUUUUUAAAAAUUUUAAUUCGAUUGAAAAAAUACAUUUGCAAAUUUGUUUUACGAACACAAUCAAAACUAUAAGCAGUUUUCUCGAAAAAUUUGCUGAUGACUAAAAUUAAAAUUAAAUAUUUAACGAAAACAUUUUCCGAUGCGUAAAUUCCAAUUAACAUCCUAAUUUUAUGAUUUUCAAUUUUUUUCCUGAUUGUAUUAAAAACUAACUCCUUGCUAUAGUUAGAAUCUCAAAACAACUUUUAUACAAAUUUCAAAGUGAUUUAGAAUAUUUUUUUUCCAAGAUUGUUAAGAAUCGUUCUUUUUGCUUACGAAAACACCCAGAUCAAAGUGAGGAUAAAAAUACCAGUAAAUUCUUCAGUUGUCAGAAUUAUUUUGUGUUCUGAACAAAAAAGCCAUGACAUAUUGAAGAAUCCUUCAAUUUAUUUUGUUAAGAUUUUGCUCAACAUUUUUUAUUGAAAUUCUAUUAUGACCUACAGAUUUCCAAAUUUUGAAAGGCUCAUGAUCUUAACCAAGCUAAAAAUGACACGAAAACGUUUCACUCAUUCUUGCUACGUUCCUGAUAGGAACCUGAAAAUAAAAUCUGAAAUAGGCUAUAGACACAAAACUCGAAAGAUCUUAACUGGCUCUUUGUAUUUUCUUAUCAAGAUCGUGGCCAUACUUGUAUCCUUUUUAAGCAUUCGAAAUACCUGAUCUUGAGCGGUUCCUCUCAGGAACCUGAUAUAAGUUUGCCAGGAUUUCUUAGUUGAGUAUUCUGAAUAAUCAUGUCCUAUUCUUGGUAUAAUUCUCCUCUGAUAUAAUUAUAACUCCUGGCAGCAUCCUUCUAUCAAGAUCCAGCACGGAUUUUCACUUAAACGUAAUGAAACUUUGACGAAAUUCUCUUUAUAAUUUUUGUCAGGUUUCUGAAUAGGAUUACCAGUGUAUCUUAGAAGGAUCCUGUAAACUCAAUUCAGAAAAAAUCCAAACAAGAAUCUAAACAAAUUCUGGAUGGAAUCCUGAAUCAAACCUGACAGGAUCCUUGAGAUUCAUGAUUAUGAAGGAUCCUUCAAGUCUAUCCCAAGACAUGAGCAUGGUUGAGUGGACUAAGCAGUAACUUGUAAAGAUCUUUGCUAAAUCCUUACAUUUUCUUAUCAAGAUUCUGAUUAAGCUUGAUAUUGUGUUGUAAGGUUUGGAAACGUAUACUCUUGAAAACAUCUGAACAAAAUCCUGAUUGAAGCUUUCCAGGAUUAGUCAGUUUUGCAUUGUGACUGUUCUUAUUAUUUUCUUGUCAAGAUCCUUGAAUGAUGUGCCUAUCAAUCCUAACAGGAUCCUGAUACAAAGAUUUCACUAGGUCCUGAAGAGAACCUGAUAAAAUCUUGACAGAAUACUUUCUCAAAACUUGAGAGGAUCCUUGAUAGGUUCUUGAGUAAAUCCUGAUAGGAUCCUGCAUUCUCAGUUCAGAAAAUUAUUUGAGCAGGAACCGGCAGAAAUCCUCACUAGGAUCUUGUUUCACCUUCAAAACAAAUCCUGGAAACAAGAAUUACUAGGAUUCGAAACAGGAUCCUAAAUAAAACUUGACAAGAUCCUGGGGAUUCAGGGUCCUGAAAGAUCCUUCCAGGGUUUCUCAAGGAAUCAACAGCAUUGAGACUAAGGUAUAGACGAAAAAGGCUAACGGGAACUUAUGAGUUUUCUAGCCUAUUUUGGGCUAUUUUUUUCAGUCUUUCGGAAACUUUUCGUGUGUAGAGACUUCCAAACGGAAGAAAGAUACUUUUGCGUGUGAUUUUAUCAUAAGAACUGAAAUUGAUUUUCCGUGAACUGUACAUGAAACCAUGAGAUUAAUCGGAUUUGAAAGCUAAGUUUUGCAAAAAUGAAAUCCGGCUCCGUUUUUUCUCUCGAACGUUCAGCACCCUUUCAAGAAAAAAAACUGCUUUAUGUAUAGAUCAGUUAUAAAUGCUGCGAAUACUAAGCUUAAGGGAAAACUAUGAAUACAUAGACAGUGAUCAACAAUCGGAUAAUGUGAUGAAGAAAUUAAUCGUUUAAUAACGAUAAGUUGAAGCAAUAUUAUAUAGAAAUGCUCCACAACGAACAAAAUAUAAUAAAGCGGAUAAAUAUAACUGAGUCGACUAAGAGAAUCUUUUUAUAUUCAUAAUAUUCUUUCUACAAGAGUUUAUGACACACCAACUGAAGGGAGUGUUGACGUACCUGUGAUACAAUUUUCGACCCCCACUGUUACGGUGUAGUUUUAAAUCUUUAUUCACACGUUCGAUAACCUACAUUUUAACAAUAAUAAACAAGAACUGAACCAAUAACAGGAACCGAUAUACUUGCAUUCAAUUAUAUCCAAUGAGAUCAACAAUACAUAUCAAUGUGUGAAGCACAAUAGGAGAACAAAACAUAGCGCUAUCGAGAUAGAUCAUGCCAAUGAUCUGUGUGCACGCACAGAUCAUAACACCCACCUAUAGACCCUGAUAGAGCAAUUAACUCAUUAAUUGUUUAGUUAAAAAAAGAAUUUCUUCAUCACGCUCUGUGACCGCAUCAGAAGACCGCACGCAUCAUCUCACAGACAGCGGCGCAAAAACUGCACACCCUGACAGGCUACGGGAGACAUUUACGUGAAAAUAAGUUCCAUUGUAUUUCGCAUUUUAAUCCGAGAUAUAUUCGCUGACCACCUUUUUCAUUUGAGUUUCAUUCGACACGUAUGUGUAAUAGAUUUUUCUCUCGACUCCUGUACCGUUAUCAAUUACUAAUACUCUACUUCAGUAACAGCGAUAACGCCCACAACCCCAACUACAACUGCCAACGUUAGCGCCGUGACAACCGCCACAAACGUGCCCCCACCAACAACUGGAAACGUAAAACCGGUGACAACAACCUCCAAUGUGGUGGCAACAACAACUCCAAUCGUCAACACUGCAACGACAACGUCCAAUCUGGGACCAACAACACCUCCCAUCGUCAACACUGCAACAACAACAGCAAAUGUGGUACCAACGACGACUGGAAACAUAAACACUGGAACCACGACCUCCAAUCUGGUACGAACGACACCUCCCAUCGUCAACACUGCAACAACAACAGCAAAUGUGGUACCAACGACGACUGGAAACGUAAACACGGUGACAACAACCUCCCAAGUGGUGGCAACAACAACUCCAAUCGUCAACACUGCAACAACGACAUCCAAUCUGGUCCGAACAACAACUCCAAUCGUCAACACUGCAACAACGACGCCCAAUCUGGUGGCAACAACAACUCCAAUCGUCAACACUGCAACGACAACCUCCAAUGUGGUCCCAACAACGCCUCCAAUCGUCAACACUGCAACAACAACAGCAAAUGUGGUACCAACGACGACUGGAAACGUGAACACGGUGGCAACAACCUCCAAUGUGUUGCCAACAACACCUCCAAUCGUCAACACUGCAACAACAACCUCCAAUCUGGUCCCAACAACGCCUCCAAUCGUCAACACUGCAACAACAACCGCCAAUGUGGUGCCAACAACACCUCAAGUCGGAAGCACCGAAGCAACAACUACAAAUGUCCCGACACCAAGAACUGUCAGCGUAAACGCGACCAUUUUAGUUUCUGGAAGUACUACUGGUGUGCCACCUUGCACAACACCAAUUGAAAUGACUCGUUCAAACGAUUCCUAUUUUUCAUCGAUCAUCGUCGAUGGAGUAUCAUAUUCAAAACCACCGUAUCCAACUUCAUUCGUUAUGAAAAAGCCUACAAUGAAAAUUCAAUUUGGCAGCUUUCGCCCAGCCACUAUAACAUCAGUUUCUGUUCUCAAUCCAAAUGAAUCUCAAAUCACAAGCAUGAUUGUCGAAACUGAUUAUGAUGUUUAUAACAGCACGAAUCUGGAUGGAUUACAAGUAAAUUUUCAGCCUAACGUUGACUUCAAUACUCAUAUUAUUAUCACAUUGAAAACAACAAUGGCAAAUGCUAUUUUUCCGAAAACAAUUCAACUGGCUAUUUACGGAUGUGGUCAACCAAGUUCACCAGUAACUAAAGCACAAAUAGAAAGCACAAUAACGGCAACAUUAUCUCCAGCAAUGACUUCAUCUGGUGUAGUACCAAAAACAAGUGCUAUCGUAUCUCAGAGUACGUCAGGAAUCACAGAAACAGUAACACCAAUAACGCCCACAACACCAAUAAGAACUGCCAACGUUAACACGGUGACAACAACCGUCAAUGUGGUGCCAACAACAGCUGAAAUCGUGAAUACGGGAACAAAAACCACGCCUAUGAAAACAGGAAGUUCAGCUGCAACUGGCACUACAGGGCCUACAACUGCAGCAAGACUAACUCCAACUACUGUAUGCAAAGAAAUAGUGGACUUUACGCAAUUGGGAUCCGUUUUAUUUGCAUCUGUCUCCGUUAAUAAUUUAAAGUUCCCAACUGACGGUUUAGAGAAGAAACUAUCACUAUCUACGCUACCAACAACAGUGUCAAUCAUCUUCAAACACGGAGUCAUCAUUCACAAUGUAUCAGUCUUGAAUCCAUCUGAAUCCCGAGUAAUCUCCAUCAGCGCUCAAACUGAUUUAGAUUUUGAACCAAUCAAUAAUCCAAAUCCUGCGAUUCCGGUUGUUGUUUAUAAUCCGCAUGAGGAAGAUGUUAGAGAGUUGGACAUUACAAUUCUCAAAAUCAAAGAUCCUUCUCUCCCAACAAAAUUACAGUUAGCUAUAUACGGCUGUACUACCCCAAGCACUAUUAGUACCAAGCCCCUAAUUGAAACAACUUCACCUCAACUUGUCAGCACCACUCAACCAUCCACACGAUCAGGUACUACCAGAAACGGGUGCACAGAAAUACAACUCGUUGAUGAAGCUGUUAGCAAGAACAUUAUUGUGACACCGAACCCAUUGCCGAUAGGUGAAAACAUCAAAUUUCAACCAACAUCUCAACAAGGUGUUUCUUUCGGCGAAAAUGAUCGCACACCGACGAUUACUGUCAACUUUGGGAAACCUGCUGAGGUUCAGUCAGUCACACUUCCACGUGAUCGAACACCCAAUGGAAAUGUUGCACAAUUUGAAGUCACCUUCUAUUCACCUCAUGGACACAAAAUCAACCACAAACCAAUCUUAAGUAGUUCAAGUCCAAACGAAAACAAGAAGAAGCCAGCUGAACUCGAUUCAUCACAAAUACCAUCAAAUACACGUGUAUCACGUGUAGUGAUCACCAUUGUUAGCACUACUAAUGGUGAAUCACCGAAAGGUGUUGUUUUGGAUAUUCAAGCUUGUACGGAAGCGACAACAGAACUUAGUACCAGUCAUUUAAGCUCAACGGAUUUGGCUACCAAAGCGACUGACGAAGUGGCCAAUGAGACGACGACAGCGGCAAGUGCAGCAUUGCGAUGCCAAACGGAAAAUAUUCUUGUUGAAGAAUUUGGUAUCGUGGACGCUGAAGCAAUCAUCGAGACAGCAAAAGGAGAAACAAAAGUAAUUGGAUACAUCAUUCGAUCUAAUAACACAGGGUGGACACCACCAUCAGCUUUUUCAUCACUGAUUAUUGGCUUCCGUUAUCCUGUACAAAUUGGCCGUAUUCUUGUAACCGCCAAUAAUCUCAAACAAUGGCGCCUAUAUUAUCAAUCAGCGUCAGAAGUAUUUCCGUAUUGGAUAGCUUAUAAUAAUUCAAUGGUUUUAACUAAUAAUGAAAUUAUAUUUUCAAGAACACUCAAUGCUACGAAAAUUCGUUUAACUCCAAAUAGUGAUGUUGAAAAUCUUCGUCUUGAAGUUUUCGCUUGUGUCUCUUUCUUAACUGAAACGACUACAACUAAUAGACCAUGCGUUCUAACAGAAUGGUCUGAUUGGGGAGCCUGCAGUCGUACAUGUGGUAUUGGAUACCAAAUACGCACUCGUAAGACAAAUUCAUCCGACAUUUGUGAUGAUGAACAAUUGAUCGAACAUCAAUCUUGUAUGGGUCGCCGUUGCCAAUGCUCAAUCGAUGAGGCAUUUUAUAAGCGCGUAUUUCACAAAGAGCCAUCUGAUAAUACAGAAAUUGGUUAUAUUUUUACAUAUUCAAAUAGCACUAAUGCAUCGAAAAAUAUUAUAUAUGUUAAUGAUACUAUCGAUCAAGGCACUGUUAUUCGCACAAAAGAUUACUGUUAUAUUGUUUACUGUACAGCUGAAGGUUUGAAAUUGUCGAAUAACCAAUGUGUAACAACAACCAUAAUGUCAUCAACAACCCCGAUAACAAAUAAUACUCAAUGUGCAAUGCAACAGUUUAGUAAUGCUCCAAUAAAAGUCAAUAAUGGCCGAUGCAUAUCACGUCAAAGCUUUCCUCAAGAACAUUGUGGUGGCUAUUGUAAAUCUGAUAGUGACUAUGAAUGCAAAUGCUGCUCUAUUGGAGCAACAUAUUUGCAAUCAGUUCUGUUUGAUUGCCUCGUUGAUGGUUCAAAGUCUGUAACAGAAGAGAAGAUGAUAGAUGUCCGACGCAUUCAAUCAUGUAGUUGUAACGAAUGCCAUGAUGAUUGCACAAUACGUCAAUAUGAAAGUAGUCCAUUACGAAUAAACAGUAAUCGAUGUGUAUCCCGUGAAAAUGUCCCUCGAGAGAGAUGUGGUGGACAUUGUGAAUCAGAUAGUGAUGAUCAAUGCACUUGCUGUUCAAUAACAAAAACAUAUUUACAGCCAAUUAUUUUUGAUUGUCUAGUUAAUGAGGCACAAAACGUAACGGAGCAAAGAACAGUGGAAAUUCGGCGUAUAAAAGAAUGCAGCUGUAAUAUAUGCUCCAAUCGAAGUUUAAACAAUGGAAAAUAA